ACCGACGGCGGACCCUUCCUGCGCCGCUCCGGUCACGUGACCUCGCCCCGUCCUCGCCAGGCUCCGCUCGAAGCUGCCGCCGUCGCGAUAACAGCUGUUGCGGACUUUCCGUCCGUCUUGCCGCUGAUGGAGAGUUUGAAGCAGUUCCUGGUCGCCCUGUCCGCCGCCGCCGCCGUCGGGGCGGUCGCCGUCAUAUUCGUGCUCAGAUGGGUCCUGUACUACAAGGAGGGUUUGGGCUGGGAUGGAGGAUUGACCGAGUUCAACUGGCACCCUGUGUUGAUAGUCAUCGGCUUCAUUUUCCUGCAGGGAAUCGCCAUCAUUGUCUACAGGCUCCCCUGGACCUGGAGGUGCAGCAAACUCAUGAUGAAGUUCAUCCACGCCGGCUUGAACCUGCUGGCGCUCAUUUUUGCUGUGAUAUCGUUGGUGGCCGUUUUUGACUUCCAUAACGCGGCCGCGAUCCCCAACAUGUACAGUCUGCACAGCUGGCUGGGUCUGGCCGUAGUGAUACUGUACUCCACACAGCUUGUUCUUGGAGUCGGCGUGUUCUUGAUACCAGUGACACCCGUGUCCUGGAGGGCAGUGCUCAUGCCCCUGCAUGUCUACAGUGGUCUGUUACUCUUUACCAGCACUAUCGCUGUGGCACUAAUGGGCAUCACAGAGAAACUCAUUUUUGGCCUGAGCAACCCAAAGUAUAAGGACUCUCCUCCAGAGGCCCUUUUUGUUAAUGUUCUGGGAGUGCUCCUGGUACUUUAUGGAGCUCUGGUUGUCUGGAUUGCCACUCGACCGUCUUGGAAGCGCCCCCCUGACCAGACCCUGCAUACUCUGCAUACCAAUGGGGAAGAUGAGGACAACACUAAGGCUGAUCAGUCCCUGUCUCAGCUGUCUGGAACUGAUGCUGAUGCCUGUUCAGAUGUCAGGAAGAGGAACAACCUAUCAGAUGAUCCGACAAAGUAAAAUGCCGGGUCCAGUCUGGAAAACUGGAACUUUCACCAAGUCUACACUGCUCAAAGAAUGAUGAAUUGAAAGUAUUAAUCUUACAUAUAGUAGUUACCUUAUUUUGCACCUUGCAUAUUAUUAUUUCUUUCUCUUUGAUGAAGGAAGUGUGUUUUUCAAUAAAUUUCUGUAUUUGCAAAUUUAAAA